UCCAAUGAAGUCGGCCGUCUGGCUGCGCGUGGCGUCGCUGCUCCAGCUUGCGCCGCGCCCCCGUGUCCUGGGCGCCCGGCUGAGGGUCCACCAGCUGUCGCCGCCGGCCGGCCCGCCGGACAAUCCGCUGCUGGAUUCGGCCGGGCUCCCCCGGUUCGCCGACGUGGACGUGGCGAGGCACGGGGAGUCGGCCGUCAGCGCCGCGCUGUCCAGGGGCCGGGCCCAGCACAGGAGCCUGGAGGCCUCGCUGCGCCGCAAGCUGAAGGAGGGCGGCAACGUCACGUUCGAGGAGGUGGCCACGCCUCUGGCGGACGUGUACGACUCGGCCACGCGGCCCUGGGAGCUGCUCCAGCACCUCAGCAGCGUGAGGGAGACGCCCGAGCUGCGGGCCUUGAGCGCCAAGCUGGAGCCCAUCGUCGUCGCCUUCCGGCAGGAGCUCGCACAGUCCCAGCCUGUGUACGACGCUUUUGUGCGCCUGCAGUCUUCGCAAGCGUUCGCGCAGCUGCCUGAGGCACACCAGAGGAUAGUGUCGAGCGAAGUGCGCGACAGGAGACUCAGCGGCGUCAGCCUUUCAGGAGCCGAGGCCGAGGAGUUCAACUCGGUCAGCCAACGGCUCAGCAAGCUGUCCACGGACUUCUCGAAUCACGUCCUGGACUCAACAGCCGCUUGGAAUAUCACUCUGCUGGAGGCCAACCAGGUCCGUGGAAUCCCCCCUCGGGUGUUGUCUGCCGCCGCAGGGAGAGCCCGCGAGGGUGGUUCCGUUCACGCGAGUGACGAGAAGGGCCCUUGGACGUUCGGCCUCGAUGGGCCGACCUAUGGCCCAGUGAUGACGUACGCAGAGGACCAGGAGGUGCGCAAAACGUUCUUCUGGGCACGAGCUCGCCUUGCCUCUUCAGGGGCGAACGACAAUGCGCCGACCAUUGCCGAGAUUCUGGAGAAGAGGCACCGCCUGGCCCAGCUGCUCGGUUACGACAGCUAUGCGGACCUCUCCUUCGCCUCGAAGAUGGCGACCCGCGCGGAGGUCCACAGGCUGAUGGACAGCCUGCAGUCGACGGCGAGGGGCCCCGCGCAGAGCGACGUCGUCGAGCUGCUGGAGUUUGCGAAGCACACCGCGAACGCGACCAGCGUGAACCACUGGGACCGCGGAUUCUACGCGGAGCGCCUGCGGAAAGCAAAGUUUCAGUUCGACUCGGAGGCGCUGCGGAGCUACUUCCCCCUGCCCUCUGCGCUGCAGGGCCUCUUCGAGCUGUCCAGCCGCCUUUUCGGAGCCGACGUCGUCGAGGUCGAGACCCUCUUCCACGAGUUCGGACACGCGCUGCAGCACGUGCUCACAAAGCAGGACGACAGCGCCGUCUCUGGCAUAAACGGUAUCGAGUGGGACGCUGUCGAGAUCGCGUCACAGUUUAUGGAGUAUUGGGUGACGGACGACCGGAAUACAUUGUAUUCUUUCGCCAAGCACUACGAGACGGGCAAGUCAUUGCCCGAGGACGCGUACAACAAAAUGAUGGCGGCCAAAAGUCGGAUACGCCUCUGGCAAAUCGCUGCCGCCAACCCCUUCCUUGUUUGGAAAAC